AUGGAAGAAGAUCAAGAGAAGACGUAUUCGUGCAAGUUUUGUAACAAGAUUUGCUUUAGUGGGAAGUCAUUAGGAGGUCACAUGAGGGGUCACUCGGCCUUGAUUUCAGCUAAGAAAGAUCUUGAGAACGAAGAUUGUAGAAUGGGUUUCGAUGGUAGUGAUCAACCCAAGGGUUUGAUAAUUUCUGAGCAAUCAAACAGUUCUCUGAUUCCAGAAAAUAUCAAGAACAGCGACAUGGGUUUUGAACACGGUGGGCAAGGAAGCUAUGGCCCAAGACUAAGAGACAAACCCAAAAAGUCUUGGAGGGUUCUUGAUUCAAAACAUAGUGUUUUGAAGAAAGGAAUCCAUUGUGAACAAUGUGGCAAUGGUUUUCAAUCGUUGAGAGUUCUGAAGGUGCACAUGAGAUGCCAUUUAAAGAAGGACAAUGAAGAAAAUGUCUGCAAGGAAUGUGGAAGAGGGUUUGGUACAAUGAGAGCUCUGUUUGGGCACAUGAGGAGUCACCCCAAAAGAUCUAGGGUCUACAAUAAAUCAGUCCAGAGCCAAUCUGGUUUCGAGAGUAUUGCGUGUCCGAUUCGGAGGAAGAGAUCAAAGACAAGGUAUAGGAUUUCCCCAAAUCCUUCUUUUUCCGAUUUGAAUUCAUCUUCAUUAAUUUCUGGGAGUGAGGAGGAGGUGGAGGUGGCUAUGUGUUUGAUGAUGCUAUCUAGGGGUGUGAGGAAUUGGGGUGGGUUUAACCUGGUUACAGGGUCUUCAGAUCAUAAUUCUGUUGUUCUUGAAGCCCAAUCAUUUCAUCAGAGUGAGGAAAUUACUGCAGUUGAGGGUGGAAACUUUGUUCUUGAUGGUGAUGAGUCAUGGAAGAUACCAAAGCUAAGAGAGAAGCUAGAUUCUCCUCUUUUAUGUUCUGCCAAUCCUUUAACUGAGAAGAAUAUAUCAGAAUCUGCUGAUUUUGAGUCUGGGAUUGCGAGCAUUGAUGAAAAUAAGAUUGAAUUGGAAGUUUCAGAUGAUGGGCUUCCUCUGGGUGAUGAAUAUGCAUUGGAGUUGAAUGAUACUGAUACUGAGAAGGGAAGUAAUGUAGGAUUGGAGAAGCAUACAGUGAUAGAAGUUAUGAAGUCUGAUUCAGCCAAAAACCCGGUGAUUGGCGUUCAUGAUCUUGAACUGGGGGGAAAUUCUGGUGGCAAAAUGAACUUUAGUACUACGGAUUCUGAAAUCUUGAGGGAUACUGAGAAGAAACAGGAGUACAAGUGCAGGACCUGCAAUAAGGUCUUUCACUCUCAUCAAGCACUUGGUGGCCACAGGACUCACCACAGGAUAAUCAAUAGUAGCUCUGUGGUGGAUAUGGAGAGCAAUGGGAAGAGCAUCAGAACAAGUGUUCUGUCUGAUAAUGAAGCUAAUUCCAAGCCAAUUGAGCAGGAAACUGGAAUGGAGGUGACCAGUUACGAGUCAAUAAAGAGCAAGGACCAUGAGUGCCCGAUUUGCUUCAAGGUUUUCUCAUCAGGCCAAGCUUUGGGUGGUCACAAGAGGGCUCAUUACAAUAUUGCAUUCUCUGAAAGCAGAGCCAAAGAGACUGUGGUCAUAGAACAAGAGCUUCCUGAUAUUCAUAAUAUUUUCGAUCUUAAUCUCUCAGGCACUCAAGAGGAAGGGGAUGAUAGUGAUAUUGUGUUCAAGUCCUGGUGGGUUGGAAGAGAUCAUGAGCACAAGGCAAUGGUGAUCUCUAACUGA